AUGGCGGCGAGGCCCGCGCUGGGGCCGCUGGCGAUGGCCGCGGUCACGGCCGUGGCGAUGGCGGUCGCCUCCCCGGCGGGUUCUGGCGAGUCUAGCGUCUACCUGAGCAGCUGGGCCGUGCGGGUGGCGGCGGGGCCGCGGGAGGCCGGGGGUCUGGCCCAGCGGCACGGCCUGCUCUGCCUGGGCCAGGUGAUAGAGGGAGAGCCUUAUUACCAUUUCAAACACCGUGGCAUCAGGCAGAAAGCCUUGAGCAGGCACUGGGGCUGGAAUAUGCGCCUGACCAAAGAGCCAAAGGUCCUGUGGUUUGAGCAGCAAACUGUAAAGAGACGCACAAAGAGAAGCGUCAGCGUGGUGCCAACAGACCCCUGGUUCCAUAAACAGUGGUACAUGAACAACGACAUCAAUCCUGAUCUAAACAUCCUCAGUGCUUGGAGCAAAGGAUACACCGGGCUGGGGGUGGUGGUGGCUGUCCUGGAUGAUGGAGUGGAGAAGGAUCAUCCAGACCUGUCUGCCAACUAUGACCCUCUGGCAAGUUAUGACUUCAACAGCAACGACCCCGAUCCCCAGCCCAGGUACACCCCUGAGGAUGAGAACAGGCACGGGACACGUUGUGCUGGGGAAGUGGCAGCUGCAGCCAACAACGGGAUCUGUGGAGCGGGUGUUGCCUAUAAGGCCAGAGUGGGAGGUGUGAGGAUGCUGGAUGGCCUCAUCACAGAUGUGGUUGAGGCUCAAGCCCUGAGCCUGCAGCCCCAGCACAUCCACAUCUACAGUGCCAGCUGGGGCCCCUGGGAUGACGGCAGGACCGUGGACGGGCCGGGUGUGUUGGCUGCCGAGGCUUUCUACAGAGGAGUCACCCAAGGACGGGGUGGCCUCGGUUCCAUCUUUGUCUGGGCCGCUGGCAACGGCGGCAUCAACUACGACAACUGCAACUGCGACGGUUACACCAACAGCAUCUACACACUGACCGUGGGCAGUGCCACGGCAGGUGGGCACAGGCCCUCCUACGCUGAGGGCUGCUCUGCCAUCCUCACCACCACCUACAGCAGCAGGAUCAGCAGCAACAUGCAGAUUGUGACCACUGACCUGCACCACGGCUGCACCCACACACACACGGGCACCUCUGCCUCAGCCCCGCUGGCCGCCGGCAUCAUCGCCCUCGCGCUGGAGGCCAACCCAGCACUGACCUGGCGGGACCUGCAGCAUCUCGUCAUCAGGACGUCCCGGCCCGCUGACCUCCAGGCCGAGGACUGGGCUGUCAAUGGAGUCGGACAGAAGGUCAGCCACUACUAUGGCUACGGGCUCCUGGAUGCUGGUCUGUUGGUGGAGAUGGCCAAGGCAUGGCCAGGAACUCGGCCUCAGCAGAAGUGUUCAGUCAAUGCUCUUCACACCCCCCAGAACAUUGGCUCUGAGCUCAGCGUCUCUGCAGACGGCUCCCCCUGCUCCAAGGGCACCAGGCACAUCCUGUCUCUGGAGCACGUCCAGGUGCAGCUUUCCCUGAGCUACAGCCGGAGAGGGGACCUGGAGAUCACUCUGACCAGCCCCAUGGGAACCACGUCCACGCUGGUGAGCCUGCGCCCCUAUGACACCAGCCAGGAAGGCUACAAGGACUGGACCUUCAUGUCCACACACUUCUGGGAUGAGAACCCCAAUGGGACCUGGACACUCCGGCUGGAGAACAAGGGUGAUGCCUACAACACAGGCCUGCUGACCAGCUUCAUCCUGCACCUCCACGGCACAGACGAGGACAUGAGAUCCAGGCGUCCCCCAGCGGCCGGCACAGCCGAGUGCUUGCGGCGGGACACGCAGGGAGCGUGUGAGGAGUGCAGCAGCAGCUCUCCGUACGCCCACGGCCGCUCCUGCCUCUCCUAUUGCCCCCCACGCCACUACAGCCGCCCCCGCAGAGCCACCCACGUCUGUGCCAGCUGCCACCCCUCCUGCUACACGUGCCAGGGCCCUUCAGCCAACAGCUGCACGUCCUGUCCCUUCAACAGCACUUUCCAAGAGCUCACCCACUCCUGCGUUGCUCCUCAAGGCAUCUCCCCCCAGGAGGAGCUGCAGAGCGACCUUCUCCCCGUCCUCAUCUGCGGCUGCCUCAUCCUCUCAGCCAUCCUCUGUGCCACAUACUUUUGUGCCCUGAAAGGUGGCUCCUGCUGUCCCCGGGCUGCAAAGACAGUGUGA